AUGGAAGAAGAACAAAAAGACGUUGAAAAAAAGCCGUUCUCCUUCUUCACUGGUCUUCAGUACGCUACGACCGGCGCGGCAACUCUGCUCUUUCUCCGGUCAGGAAACAGAUUCCUGACCCAUGCGCAGCGCGGAAAAACGAUCACUGCCGCUGUUUGUCAGUUUUCAUUCUUUCAUAUUUUUUUUAUACUCGCCAUAAAUGUUAUCCUAUCUCCAGUAAGGAAAAUUUUUGUAUGAAUUUUCAUUUAUUUUUUUCUCUAAUCAGUCACUUUCCUUCAAGCUAUAAGUAUCUAUGUGUGGUGAGACAAUUAUUUUAACGAGAAAAGCUUCCAAUCGAUAGUUAUAAUUACAAAAAAUGGAACUUUUCGACCUCUUUGAACUUUUCAAACAUGAUGCGACUGUGGCCUCGUCGUUUCAGUCGAUAAAAUGAUCGUAUCAUCGAUGUUUGUUCCAUUUUUCUUUUCCAGGCUGUUUAUAUUUGUCAGUCGCGAACGAGAUGGGCUGGUUGCCGUUCAAUUAUUUCGUUAAAGAGCGAAUUUCCAUAAAAGAGCAACCGACGUCUAACCCUCAAUAGCUUUUUAUUAUAAAAAAAAUCUUUUUAUUUUUUAUAUUGAAACUUUCAAUAACAGCUCUAGGUUUUUUAGGAUCCUCGUGGUUUUAUAUUUGGUUUAAAUACAGUUGAACUAUAAUUUUUGUGAACUUAUGAAUAUUUCGUGUUGAUAAUUUGUGAUAACUGCCAGCUUUUUAGAAGUUAGUCCAUUAUUUCAUUUAAAUUCAUUUAAUUUCAUUUAAAAACUUUAUUCGUGACUACUUGAAAAAACGCAUGUUGUUUUGUCUAAUUAGUUGCGAUUAUCAAUCAGAAAAUUUAUGACCUUAAUUUAUCACAUUUCUCUUUUUUAUUCGUUUCUUUCUGAGAUAUUUUCACCCCAUUUCCAAUAGAAAGUUUCUACAAUUUCUCGCCCUCUUUGCUUUCAAUUCGGAGCUCCGGUGUUACUUCUAUUUGUGCCGACAUAAAAAAAAUUCCAAUGUUUUUUUUCUUUCUUACCGCCUUCAAAAAGGUUCUCUGCCUGAGUGUAUUCUUUUUUCUCAAGUCUGAUGACUUUUUCAGUAAAUCAUUUUGCACUCAGCUGGCGUCGCCUUCUGAGUCGAAAACAAUUGCCGAGCAAGUUUUGCGCAAGGACUGUUUUGAGUGCCGCGUCAUCGGAACUGGAAGGUAAAUUUUUGGGUGUCCUUUGGGUUUUAUUUCAAGUCAGCCUGAAAUGAAGAUUUUGUUGCAGUUGUACAUUCAUUGGCACCUUCAUUUUGUACAAUACCUGGACCUCCGACUAUUAUAUCAAGAGACCUUACGUGAGAGCUGCUCUAAAAAGCUUCGCUGCUGGUUUUUUUUUUCGAGUUCUAUGACAAAAUCGAUGAUAAGUUAUAUUUUCAGUGGCUUUUUAUGGUGCAGCGGCCCGUUGGUUCUAUUUGCCGCCGUUCACGAAUUUGAAAGGUUCAGCGGCGCGUUUAGAAAUACCGACGCAUGAAGAGAAUUCAAAGAAAUGAUGAUAGUUAGUUUCUUUUGAGUACAUGAAAAAAACUAGAUAUACAGGGUGACAAAUAAAUAUUGAAAGGCGUUUGAAACGUUAUAACUUUCUCAAAAGUCAACCAAACACCACCAAACUUGGAACAAACUUUAUUCAUACAAUAUAGAAACAAAAUUCGAGAAUAGUUUUCAAAACGUCCUCCUUUAGCUUUGAUAACGGCCUUCAGUCUCUUCGGAUACGCAUCGAUCACGGCACGAAGGUAGUCGUCGUCGAUUUUGUCCCAUUUCUUGAUGAGCGCGGUCUUCAGAGCUUUGAUACUUGGAUAGUUCUUAGAAGAGACCUUCUCGGUCAAAUAUCCCCACAGGGCAUAAUCCAUCGGGUUGAGGUCGGGCGAGGAAGCAGGCCAAUCAGCAGCCGAGAUGAACUCGAGAAAAUUGGCGCGAUACCACUCUUGAGUCUCUUUGGCGCGAUGAGCGGGGACGCCGUCUUGCUGGAAGGUCCAUGGUCGGCUUCCGUAGUGAGAAUUGGCUCAGGGCAACACCCUCAACUUCAAAAUCUACUCCCUGUGGUAUAAUUGGUUCACUUUGACUCCAGGAUCCACAAAAAUCAGCGGAGUUUUGCCGUCAGCGGUAAUUCCGGCAAAAACCAUCACGGAAGCCGGAUGCGAAGUUUUAUUCAGAAUUUUUCCCUUUUCACAGGCACUCUGAUAGUCAGUAGCGAUGAUCCGAUGAUUUUGGCCGUUCUUGUUCGCCUCCACAGUGAAGAUUUUCUCGUUGGUAAAUAGCGUCGUCAGAUGCGAGCCAUCUUUCGUGCCAGCGAGCAGCUUUCGAGCCUUUUUCAUCCGGAAUGUCUUGUUUUUUUGAUUGAGGAAGGCUCCUUUCUGCAUACGGUAGAAAAUCAUCUUCAGCUUGUCCUUGACAAUAGUUUUCAUCGAUCCUCGAUUCGUUUCGUAUUCUUUUGACAUCUUUCUCAUUCUUCUUUCCGAAGUGCGUCUGAUUUUCUCUCGAACGGCUUUGACGGCUUCUGGAGUCGGGACGGUGAAUGGACGUCCCCUCUUUGCAUGUCAUCUGAAGUACCGAGACGCCGAUAGCGUUGUGCAGUUCGAAAAACGAGAACACGAGACACUUUCAGCUUUUUAACGAUCUCUGAAUUUGUCAUUCCGCUUUUGACACAAUCAAUGAUUGCGGUACGGUACGGAGAUGGGGCUACCAUUACCUGAAAACUGAAAAGUAUGAGCUGUAACUUCAAAAACAUAAUAAGUGAGCAUGAAUGAACGUAAUAAACAAAAAAUUUCAAAGGCCAGUCCUUUGUGCAAAAAGCAGCGAUCAAACAAAAAACGGUUUCAAUAUUUAUUUGUCACCCUGUAAUUAUUGCGGUACUAAAAAAAAUCGACAAUUAGAGCCUCUAACUCUGAAUUACCGAAAUUUAUUUUUUAAAUUUUGUUUUUUUUUUUACGUUUUCCACAUUAGAUUCUCUCCAUCAGCUUCUUGAAAUGUUUUAAUUUACAAAAAAAGGCCUUUGCCUAAAAUUUUCAUUUGAAAUGUUAAUGAUUUUUCAUAAAACACCAUUUUCCACAGAAACCUGAGAUCAUAUAUGUGAUGGGAGUGAGCGGAGCUGGCAAAUCUACUGUAGCUGAACAUCUGGCUGAAAAAAUAAGCUGGACUUUUAUCGACGGCGAUAACUUCCAUUCUAGAGCCAACAUCGAGAAAAUGAAAAACGGUACUUUUUGAGACUUCAGAAUCAAAAUUUUCGGCGUUUUUACGCUAAUUAUUGACAUUGGUGGAAAUGUUUUUUCAAAGUGGGAAGUCUGUUUUAUUAAUUAAUGAAAUAAAAUUUGAAAAAUUAAGUUUCGACAAAAAUGCAAUUCUUGUAACCUCUAUCGUCCAAAAUAGAGCUUGAAUCAGGCUAAACAUUUUCGAAGUUUGAACUUUUUUUCAAAAACAGCAGUGGCUCCGUUUUUUUUUUAAAGAGAUCUCAUUUUCAAUUCAAACCUUGACAUGGGCCUAUUUGAAGCUUCAUAUUCUAAUUUUUUUUUCAGGGAUUCCGCUUCAAGAUGAGGAUCGCUGGCCUUGGUUGGAGAAUAUCCGUGUUCACGCCUUGGAAAACUCGAAAUUAGUCAUCGCGUGUUCUUCUUUAAAGAAAAAGUAUCGAGAACUUCUCGCCAAAGAUCUUCAAGCCGUUUUUGUCUUCCUUGAUGUCACGAGGUUCCCAUCAAUUGAUAUUCAAGCAUCUACUAAAAACUAAGUUUCAAGGACUGAGCUGGAGAUGAGGAUGACGAAAAGGACUGGCCAUUUCAUGCCCUGUUCGAUGCUCGAUAGUCAGCUGGCGACGUUGGAAUAUCCGAGGGCCGAUGAGAAAAAUGUAGUCGUCGUCAAGAUUGCUGAUUUGUCAAUUGAUGGGAUUGUCACGCAGAUCUGCCGCAGUCUCGAUUGUUAG